UAAGAGUUUAUUUUUUUUAAAUAAUAUGAGCUCUCAACUUAUUGCAAGAUCAAAGGGAUAUGAAUUACCUUUGAUCUGAUUUAUUUUAGAGUACCUGAUACCAUUAAUGAAAUAAUUAAAUUUUAAUCAUAAAUCAUAUUUUGAUUUGCUAAAUCCAUCUUGAACUUUGGGAUCUGUGCAAUUUGAUAUCGCAAUCACCGAAAAAUAACUCUGUAGAUUCUAAUUAAACGUUCUAAUUAAAUAAGAUCAGGUUUAAUUAAAUGGGAUUCAGGCUGAGGAUGAGAUUGAGAAGAUCCGGCAUGAGUUUGAGUUUGAGGAGAUCAAGCGGAGUUUAUUCCUGUGGCGAUAAAGGAAUUGCGCAAGAUGAAUCCAAAAGGUAUCUAUGUCAAUAAGAGUCUUAGGCUGGACACCAUACAAGUCUAUGGUUUUGAUUAUGACUAUACAUUGCCCCAUUACUCUGAAAAUCUACAGAGUUUGAUCUAUGACCUUGCAAAAAAGCACCUUGUUAAUGAGCUUAAGUAUCCAGAAAGUUGCUUGCAGUUUGAGUAUGAUCGUACAUUUCCUAUCAGGGGUCUGUACUAUGAUAGGUUAAAAGGGUGCCUUCUGAAACUCGAUUUUUUUGGGUCCAUAGAGACGGAUGCUUCUUUGGACGUCACAAGCUUAGCUUGGAGAAAAUAAAAGAGAUAUACGGCACCCGACAUAUUGGGUGAGAUCAAGCACGUGGACUUGUUGGUUUAAUGGACUUCUUUUGCUUUAGUCAGCAAGGUACUCAAACUUGAAAACUGGGCCACAGAGUAAACUAAUGAGAGAUAACGAGUAAUAAGGUAGUUUUGAAA